AUGAAUAAUUUUUUACAAUUUUGGUCUGUGAUUCCACUCAUUUUUCUAUCAUCUCAAUUCACGACUGCAGAUCGCGAAGAAAGUCACAAGAAUAAUCCACAUUGGAUUGUUUCCCCUCGACGUUAUUCAUGUCGAAAUUUGACCUUAGGAGAAACACACUACAUACUGUCUAAAACAACAAAAAAAUUGUCACAGUCUCUUAAAGAAAGUCUUUUAACAAAUCCUUUGAUACAGGAAAGAGUAGUAGUAUGCCUAGCACCUUUUUUAUGCUCUCUCCAUGAUCCACACUCUUACUAUGAUUUCAUCGCGACGAAAUGUCGCAAGAUGCAUUGGAUUCAAAGAAUCACACGCUCACUUUCAAAAACAUCUCGAGCCAAUUCACAGUAUAUAGUUUCUAAUAAAACGAAGCGCAACGCUCAAUACCUAGAGGGUUUAUGCGGUGUGCCGUCAUCCUUGUUUACCGAUAUGCCAAGGUCAAAGGAUUUACUAGCGCAAAAUCAGUACAACAUUUUCUCUUUUGGUCUUUGGCGAAAAGUGUUAUCAAGUAAAGUGUUACCAAAGCAACAAACCGUUCAUGUUCUAUAAAAUCGAGAUAUUUACAACCCCGCCAAAUGUUAGGUACCAAAGAAAAAACUCACUUAUAGGGGUCUUUGAAAACAUUUGUAGUAAACGGGUGUUUGGAAUUUGGGUUUGAGAAGCCUAUGAUGUAUGUAACGAGUUUCUUAGAAAGAAAAGUCUAAAAUUUACAAAACACCUUUGGAAUCAGUGUCAGUGGAUAAAAGAAAUAUUUAAUGGUUUGGCAGCAUUUCAAUAAAUAAAACAGUUGCUUACUGAAGAAAUUAAAGUGUUACAUUCCAUGUGUCACAAAAAAAUUCUUUAAAGCAAUCUAGGCUUAAAACAAUAAGCAAAAAUACUAUUAUGUUAU